UGCGCGCGGCGGUGGCGGUUGGCAGGGGCGCGCGGCGGCGGGAGGGGGUCGGCCGGCUGGCUGUCCGUUUGUCCGUCCGGCCUCUGGGUGCCCUCAGGCCUCUGGGUGCCCUCAGGCGCGGGCCUCGCAGGUUAAGUCAUAUUUUCUGACGUUUGAAGAGCAAAACAGCACCACGGCUCCAUGAAUUGUGAAACUUCAGGAAGCGUGGCAGCCCUCUCUGCUUCCCACUUUCCCUCCAUACUGUGACAUUCUUCUCAGAUUGGUUUCAUCCCCACUGGAUGCACGGUGGCCUGCCUUGGCAUCAAGCCAGAGGAAGCUGUUUACAGAUCAGGGAGAGCCAUGGCCUUGAACGUUUAUGUUUUCCACCUCUUCUAUAAGUUCAAAGUGUUAGUGCUUAUCACUUUGUGUUCGAUGGUGCUAGGGGCCACAUUCUGCUACUUUGUGGACUCCAGAGAGCAAAUUGUUAAAGCUAAGAGCAUGGUAAAGGAUUUCAGAAAGGUAAUUAGCAUGCAUGGCAGUCAAAAGGAAGCGAAGGUCGAAUCAACUGCCGAAUUUCCCAUGGUGAAGUUUUUUCAGACUCACUGCCCAAUUCUGUCUCCGUACCUGCGAGGUGCCAGCAAACUUACUUUCAAAGCAUCUCUCACACUAGAAGAAGUGCAAAAGGAGAACCCUCAGGUAGUCAAGGGCCGGUAUCACCCUACGGAGUGCUCAGCAUUGCAGCGUGUGGCCAUCCUCAUCCCACACCGCAGUCGAGAGAAGCAUCUGCUGUACCUCCUGGAGCAUCUCCACCCCUUCCUACAGAGGCAGCAGCUGGACUAUGGCAUCUAUGUUAUUCACCAGGCUGGCACCACCAAAUUUAAUCGAGCUAAACUGCUGAAUGUAGGAUACAUAGAGGCCCUAAAAGAAGCAAACUGGGACUGUUUCGUUUUCCAUGAUGUGGAUCUGGUGCCAGAAAAUGACUUCAACAGUUAUAUGUGUGAUGGACAACCAAAGCACCUUGUAGUUGGCAGAAACAGUACUGGAUACAGGUUAAGGUACAAAGGAUAUUUUGGAGGUGUAACUGCUCUAACAAGAGAUCAGUUUUCCAAGGUGAAUGGAUUCUCUAACAGCUACUGGGGUUGGGGUGGAGAAGAUGACGACCUUCGAAUCAGGGUUCAGAUGCAGAACAUGAAAGUGGUGAGGCCAUCUGCUGAGGUUGGCAGGUACACAAUGAUCUUCCACAAACGAGACCACGGUAAUGAGGUGAAUCAAGAGAGGAUGAAGAUUCUACGUCAGGUGUCUAAAACGUGGAAAACAGAUGGUCUGAACUCUUGUUCAUAUAAACUGCUCUCAGUGGAACACAACCCUUUAUACAUCAACAUCACAGUAGAUUUCAGCAUGCAGCCGAAGAUCUCAUAAGGGUGAGCACCACCCAGGUGAUCGGAAACGGUAACAGAUUGUGUUUGUGGUUGCUGUUGAUGACUCCCAGCAAUCUGCUCGAAAGAGUACUUCAGUAGCACAGAAGAAAAAGUUUUUCUUCACAGCACCUAAUUGACUGGCUGACAAUUUCCUUUUGGGAGGACUGGAGAUGAUAGAGACUGACCUGAGGGACAGGUCGUGACGUUCUUCUAUGCACUUUCUACUGGGACAUUUGCAAAAGUGUCCUUGUUUGGGCUGGUCCAUUGGAAGGACUUGAACUAAGUCUCCUGAAAAAAGUUUUGUUCUUGCAACUAUUUGUAAACUUCUGAUUUGCUGUAGGGGGGAGCAGCCUAGCACUGCCAACACUACCAUGACUUCAAAAGGAACAGGCCAGUCUUUUCUCAUUAAAAGCACAAGAAUUCUCCACCAAUUUGCUGAGAAAAGCUAACUUUUUUUCACCCUGAGGAAAAACUGCUUAUGUAUGAGGGAAGGGCAAUAAUGGUAAGAGGUGAGGAGAUGUUAAAAAUCUCUCAAUAAAUAC